UUGCUUAUUCCCUGUUUGUGUCACAGAAUCCACAACAGCUAUCAAUAUAUUGCUGGCAAGAACAACCAGUUACAAAGUUUAGUAAAGGAUGUGCACAGAAUUGCAGAACUUUGUCGCAUUCAUGCUGACGAUAUAGGUGCACAAUGUCCACAGCAUGUAUCCACCAGAUGGAUAUAUGACUAUAAUAUAUGUGUCUUUAUUCUUAAGUACGAAAACAAAAUCAAGCAAUAUAUAAAUGUAGAUCACGAUAAAAUCGUACAAUUGAAAGAUUGUUUAGCUGUUCUUAAAAAGCUAAUCUUAGUAUUCGAAUCGGAUAAGGCAUUGUUGGCAAAUUGUUACAUUUGGCUUCGUAAAGCCAUAUCAGCUCUCAAUCUUUUGACAUCCAAUUUGCAUAAUGCAUUCGGAUCCAUCUUGGCAUCUUCAUUGGAUAGCUAUACCUUGGACUCUGACUUUGGUGGGCUAUGGUGUUUGGCAUUCUCUCUCACGCCGAGAGGAAGGUUCUACUUCCAUAGAAAGUUUGUUAAAAACGAAGAAGUAGAAGAUUUGGCCGAUCCCUUGAGUUCCUUUCAAAGUGAGCAUAUUCCUGAUAAAGAUCCGGCAGAAGAUUUACAGGACAUUUACAUGGAUUCUAUUUUUGAGGAAGGUAACACAAACGCUGUAAUUGAUGUAACAGAUGAAGGCACAUUUCGUAGAAUUGUCGAAUCUGAUGAUCAACUUAGGCUUACAUUGCAAGAUGUACGCGAGGAUAAUCAUCAGACUGCCGAAAAUGAUCUAACAGCAGCUAAAGAUUACCUCAAGCGCAUUUUGGUUCAAUUCCGAUUGAACGAAAGACAAAAAACGCUUGUACUCUCGUUAUAUAAUACGUUCAUCAAUAAGGAAUCAGACAUCUUUGAGAACGAUCUGAUGGACGAGGCACAAAAUUAUGCUUGGGAAGAGAUCUCGCAUAGAAUUGGAGAAAAAUCCAUCCUUGCGGAAAUAGCAUUACGCUUGUUAUGUUCAUCUCCUUCGGAGGCAACAUGUGAACGUAAUAUCAAAGCACAAAGGUUAAUUUUGAACGUUAGGCGGUUAAGAUCCAAGAAAAACUUGUUAAAUAGCCGUCAUAUCUUAAUGGCAACUAAAUGA